CACCAAGAGCAGCCUUGAUGCUUUACCACGCCUUCUAAAAAAAACUUUCCAGAGUAGUCGUGAACAUGUGCACCGGAGAUGCCUGGCUGACCAAUCAAAUGCAGUCCUGUCUCUGAAAAGUGGAGAAGGUACCAAGAACUUCCUCAUUUAGCACAACAAUUUGAACAUGACAUCUAUAGUGUCUGCUUUGUGUCUCGCAUUUCUGCUCUUGGGGAAAACAGGGGUGAUGCCUGAUCUGAAACUGUUCUCGUAUGUGCGUUUCCUAUCAGCUAAUGUCGGCGAUGAUGUGACUUUGCAAUGUAUCUGUACAGUUAAUAGUGCAACACAUUACUGGUAUAAGCAAACACUGGGCUGGAAUCCAAGGCUUCUCUGUGACACAAAUCAGGGAAAAGUCACAUUUCAUGGGGAGUUUCAGAAUAAUCCACGCUUUGCUGUGAAAAUCCAUUUUGGUACGUCGUGCAACUUGAUGAUCACAAAUUUAAGUCUUUCUGAUUCAGCUACUUACUACUGCGCAAAAGAUGAGAACUUGAUGUUGGAAUUCGCCGAGGGAACGACCCUUAAUGUACAAGGUCCUGGUUUGGAUGUCCACGCAUUGGUCCAUCAGCCCUCAUCCAAGACCAUCCAGCCUGGAGGUUCUGUGGCCCUUAACUGUACGGUACCAUCUGGGACCUGUAAUGAAAAACACAAUGUUUACUGGUUUAAAAGUGCAGAAGAUAAUCAACCAGAGGUCAUUUACGCUUAUGGGGGCUCGAAUAAUCAGUGUGGGGCUUCACCCGUGAUGCAGUCCCAAGCGUGUAUCUUCACAACACAGACCUUGGACGUUUCCCAGGCUGGGACCUACUACUGUGCUGUCGUGUCAUGUGGAUACAUCUUGUUUGGAAACAAGACCAAGGUGGACCUUAACCGUGACGUGGUCCCUCCCAUCUUAGUAUUUUUCUUGAGCGGAGCUUUUGCGGUCACCACCAUCCUGAUUCUUUUCUUGGCUUCCUCUAUGUACAAGAUGAACAAAUGCAAAAGCUGCAGAUUGCCAGAGAAUCAAGCAAGAAGUCCAGCUCAUCCCACCAAUGAUGCACAGGGUUCCCAAGAUGAUCUCCAUUAUGCUGCUCUAAGCCACUACAUGUCGGGCCGAUCAAGAACACAGACAAAUAUGGCUGAAUGUGUGUACACCACAGCAAGGCAGUAGAAGAAGACACCUCUCACUUGUACAUUGUUUCAAAGUUGCAUCUCUGAGUGGUUCAGAACUGUAAGGUAUAUUAUAAGUAUAUGUAAUAAAAUGUAAAAAA